GUCAGUUUAGUUGCUUCAUUCGGUCCGUAAAGAUUGAAUCCGUGGUUGGUUACAAGAAGUCCUGGUCUGGGAAUCGAGUGUGUUGUAGUUGAAUCCGUUAUUUAUACAUGUUUCAUUCAGUGAUCGGGAUUGAUGGUCAUCACUAAAACAUAAGGAGUUGUUAACCUUCAACUGUCUUCCUUAUACUGGUGCAUUAAUUGCAAAUCAACAUUCCGAGAAUAACAAAUCUGUGAUUUACGCAUAUCCAAACUUUCCAGCAUAAGCUGAGAGCGAGACCAUAUCGCCAUGCAGUUCGAAAAUGAAACAUACCUCGGAUUGGACCUCAGUACCCAAAAGCUCAAAGCCGUAUUACUCAACACAAAGCUGGAGAAUGUAGCCCACGCUGAGGUAAAAUUUGACUCUGAUUUACCGGAGUUUCGAACCAGCGGGGGAGUGAACGUCGGAGCUGCGAAAAAUGAAUUCUACGUUCAACCGGUGAUGUGGGUGAAAGCUUUGGAUAUGGUGCUGGAUCGGUUGGUGGUUCAAGGUGGGGACUUGAGUACAGUUAUGGCCGUCAGUGGUUCUGCUCAACAGCACGGAUCACUGUACUGGUCCCGUAGCGGAGUAAAUACACUACAAAAUCUGGACGCCGACAAGUUCUUACAUACGCAAAUCGACGACUCGGCAUUUACACUACAUCGUACACCUAUCUGGAUGGACGGAACUACUGGAAAGCAAUGUGAAGAGAUGGAGAAACAGGUGGGAGGUCGGGACAAAAUGGUGGAGAUUACCGGUUCGAAAUGCUACGAACGGUUCACUGGUCCGCAAAUUCGAAAAGUGUACGAGCAGCGGCCUGAUUGUUAUCGAAAUACGGAAAGAAUCUCGUUGGUAAGCAGUUUUCUUGCGUCGAUAUUUUUAGGGGAUGUUGCUCCGAUCGAUUACUCCGAUGGAUCCGGAAUGAAUUUACUUGAUAUUAGGAAACGGGCUUGGUCAGAUGUUUGUCUGACGGCGUGUGCUCCAAAUUUACAUGCCAAACUAGGAACUCCGGUUCCUACGUCGACGGUUAUAGGUUCGAUUGGUCAAUUUUUUGUGCAGCGGUACAAUUUUAACGCUACCUGUAAGGUGAUAGCAUUUACUGGAGACAAUCUAUCUGCCCUCGCUGGGAUGGCCAUCGGAGAAGACUGGUUAGCGUUAUCUCUAGGGACCAGUGAUACAAUUAUGAUGAAAAUUAGCGAACCUCCGAAUCUUCAGGAAGGGCACGUAAUGGUGCAUCCAACGGAAAACGGUUACAUGGGACUACUAUGCUUUCGCAACGGUUCCCUUGUGCGGGAUAUCUUCAAACGAGCCGAAGCUAAUGACAACUGGGAGAACUUUAGCGAACUUUUAGAUUCUACACCUCGGGGUAACUUCGGAAACAUGGCUCUACACUUCAUAUCCAAGGAGAUCAUCCCACCAGUGAAAGGAUCAAUGCGUUGGAACAAAUCCUCCAACUUAAGCAACUCAGAACUGGCACGGGGAGUACUCAAGUAUAGUUCCCCGCAAACGGAAAUCCGAGCUUUGGUUGAAGGUCAAAUGCUAACCAGGAAAGCCUACGCCACCGAAAUGGGCUUCAGCUUUGGAGAGAACACUCGAAUUCUAGCCACCGGAGGAGCUUCUGCCAAUAAAUCGAUUCUGCAGGUCGUUUCAGAUGUCUUUAACGCCCCCGUCUAUAUCCAACAGACAACGGAAGCCGCUCUGCUAGGUGCUGCAUAUAGAGCCAAAUUUGUCUUGGAGAUGUUCCGCGCAAAGGAGCACGGUGACCCAAAGUCCCUAGAGUCUUACUACGAAUAUAUAAGCGAACUGCUACCCGAGCACAAUGUGACUCGAGUUUGUGAUCCAGCUCAGGACAGUAGCGACAUCUACGAUGCAAUGCUUGAACGACAUGAACAAAUGGUGCAAUAUAUGAUGGCCCAUCAAGAUUGAAAAUUUACAUUCGGGAGAUGAAGGUUUAACGAAGCAUGGCAAAACAAAACAUUCCAGCUCAAAGUCGAGCGCUUGCGACAAACAUUCCGACUCAGUCAUAUUACGGGCUUUCUUAAUAUUUUCUUACGGCGACUACUCAACGUACUAGCGGAGCUGCAUACACUCAUAAUGUUGAUUUUAUUAUUUGUUAGAUGCAUAGUUUUUAAGGACAUUGGAAAAAAAAUAAAAGAUCAAUUUGCCGCUAAGGUAGCAGCAUUCGGUAUAA